UGCGCCCGCCUGCCUGCCUCUCUCGGGCAAAGCGGUGCUGUGUGCCGCAAGCCGUGAAGAAGCGCUCCAAGAUGCCGAAGCCCGCUGCCGCUUCCCCGGAGGGAGGAAAGCGGCGCCAGGGCCUGUUGGAUAAAGACAGCGUGAGCGGCUGCCUGGGCGGGGGCGGGUUUAGCGGCUGGAGGCCGGUGCCGGCGGUGCUCUCGCCCCGGCCGGACAGGCUAGCUGUGUGAGAAGGGAACGGGUGUGGGGGCGGCGGCAACAGCAACGGCUGCCCCGCGCGCGGCUCUGGCGGUCCGAUGGCGCCGGCCUGCCGCUCCGCCGUGGUGCUCGCCUGGGGCGGGGGCACCGGCCCGGCACUGCAGCUCUUCCCCUCGCGAGCGAUGGGGCGAGGCUUGGGUCCUGGGGAAGGACGGUACUGUGUGUGUGGAAGAACUUGGGGCUGGGUGUGUGAUGAAAAGGCAAAAGGAAGAAGGACACAAUCAAAUUAUGAAGCUUUAGGUAUGGCUCCAGUGGAAGAAGAGUGUUUUAGUGAUUCAAUGAAAGCUAAGCUAUUGACACCGAAAGCUAACAGGGCGAAGAUAAGAUAUGCUAAUACCUACAGACUGGAGUCACAUAAUAAAUUUCGGGAUUGUUUAGUAAGAGACAAAGCUCAAGCGAUACUAAUGAACAGACUUCAACAAGCCAAAUAUGAUGGAGUUUCUAGUCCCUCCUUGUGUGCUUCAAUCUCAGAAGAAAUACUAAAGGCUGUGAAGGAAUUGGACUUUGACCGUUAUAAGUAUAUGGUAUCAGUACUAAUUGUGGAAAAGGCAGGUCAGGCAAUACAUGUUGCCAGCAGAUGGGUCUGGGAUGUUCAGAGAGACACUUGGGUUUCCGCUAAAUGUGAAACUGAAACAUUUAUUGCACUGGCUUUGGUAAUGGCUUGUUAUUAUGAGUAAUACUCUAAAAAGCACAGCUGGUUUUGUGCAUCACAGUACCAGGUAUAUUUGGAAAUUUUCAGAGUGUCAGUUUUAAGUACUAAUUUUUGUCCUAAUGCUGUUGGCACAUUGAAAUUGACUUACAGUUGGCAUAUUGAAAUUGACUUACAGUUGGCAUAAUUUUGCUCAUUUUUCCCUGUUAAAAAAAACCCACAAACCAACCCCCCCAAAAAACUGCUUUUGAAAUGCAUAUGGUUGAGUACAUAUGGGCUUCAUCUGUCGUAAUGCUCUGCUGUGGAAGUUGAAGCAGGUGAUGUAAGGCCAAACUUAGAAAAAUUUUGAAUGCUGCUUGUCUGUUGCAUGCCUAGAACUGUUAAUGAAUGUUUACAAUAAAUUGCAGGUAUUGGUAUUCUUAAAAGCACGCUCUUUUUAAAAGGCAGAGUUUUUUCUAGUCGUGUCUUUGAUAAAAAUGCCAGUCUGUGUAGAAACCUGGCUGGGAGGGAAGCCGUGUUUUGCGCACUUAGAAAUUCGUGCAAAUUUCCAAUCGUUUGCCUUGAAGUGUGAGUUCAGUCAUUAGCUUCCCUGUGCCUUAAACUCGCAUUAAAUAUCAGCUGCGUUCAGGCGCGGCUUCUGAUGGCAGCAGGAUGAUGGGGUCAGUGAUGAGGCUAUCGAUGCUGCCCUUGCCAAUUAUGGACCAGUCGAGUAUUAUGUUUUGAAAAAUAAGACUCUGGCAGAUCUGCGAAGUGCGUAGACAACCGCUUUUGGAAGUGCCGUGUGUGGAAACAGAGCCUUUUCCAUGCCCGUUGUAUUGUUAAGGGCUGGAAGUGAACGCAGGCGGGCGGUGGUGCUUCCGAACCCCCCUUGGCCUGCUCGGCUCGCAGCGUGUUUGGAGCCGCGUCCGGGC